AUGACUGAUUUAACAAAAGUUAGAAUAAAGUUUACAAACAAAUCUAUUGAAUCAAUUGAAGAUAAAAUAAAAUUAUGUAAGUCUUUAUUAGAUAAAAUAAAAUUACAAACAGAGAAUAAAAUAUCUGAAGAGUUUCCAGUUACUCAUUAUAAAAACUUCAUUAAGGAAUUAACUAAUUUAAAAUUGAUAGUUAAGAAUAAGUCAAUUGAUGAACAAUUCUAUAACGAAGUAUUAAAUAAUAAAGAUUAUUACAGUUAUUUUGAGGGAGUAUUUAAUGAUAUUGAAAACCAUAGAAAAUCCCAAGAAUCUAAGAGAGAUUUUUUUAAAUCAAUUGCAGAUAAAAUAAAUAAAAGUGAUUGA